AUGUCUAAAAGACCUCUCAUUCUCUGGGUGCUGAUUGAACUCGGGUGGCUUUAUCUGACUUCAACCGCAUCAGAGAUUGUCGUGAGAGCAUAUUUGGGUCAGACGGUGACUUUGCCCUGUAUGUACUCCUCCUGGUCUCAGAAUGGCAACAGCAUGUGCUGGGGCAAAGGCCAGUGUCCCAACUCCAAAUGCAAUGAAGAGCUUCUCCACACCGAUGGGAGUAGGGUGCUCUGGAGCAAGUCGUCAAAAUACAAACUUCAGGGGAAUAUCCAGAGAGGCGAUGUCUCCUUGACCAUCUCUAACACCAACGAAGCCGACAGCAGUGUGUACUGCUGCCGCAUAGAGGUGCCUGGCUGGUUCAACGAUGUGAAAAAGAACAUUCGCCUGCAGCUGAGUAGAGCUACAACAACCACUGAGUCAAGAACAACCCGCCGCCCAACCACCACCACUGCUAUGACGACAAGCACAGCUGUGCUUCCAACAACAGUCAUGACGACACCUGACCUCACAACUGGAACACCACUUGAGACAAAAACCACCACUGCCCUCACAACAAUGGCAACCACAUGCUCUCCAACAACACUGAGUAACCUUCCUGAGGCAACCACAAUUCUUCUGAUCACUGAGCCCUCCCCAGAAGGGCCUUUCCUCACUGAAGAAUCAGAAACUUUCCCUCCCUCCAGUGACUCCCAGACACCCUCUGAGGUGACUUCCGGAGACACUGCCUUGUUCACAUCUGAAGCACCUGAGACAGCAAUUAUUGAGCAAAAUGGAGUUGAAUCAGAACAGAUAAAAAUGGCUGACAACUUCGAACUGCUGAUGAUCAUUGCUCCCUCCCUGGGGUUUGUGCUGUUGGCAUUGCUUGUGGCAUUUUUCCUUCGAGGGAAAGUCAUGAAAACCAAUUGUUUCCAGAAACACACAAGGCUCAACAAUGCUGGAGAAUGUAAAAAUGUCCUCGAUGACAUGCAGCAUGCAAGAGAAGAUGAGGAGGGUCUUUUCACACUCUAACAUGCUACUUUUUCUUGGGAUUGAGGAUUGGCACAUAAUGUGUGAAUUGUCAAAAUAAGUCCUGGAAUGUUUUGAUUUUAUUUUUUUUUUA